CAAAAAUAGGGCAUCUGGCGUUUUCCGCAAGAAGAAGGCCGCAGACACGGAGCCUGUACCGGACCUGCCUGUUCCACCUUCACCUGCCGACACUUCUACUUCAGCGCCUGGUCCGGCUCGCUAUAUCCCACCUCCACCUUUACCUCCUCCAUACUCACAACCAUCAACAUCGCUCUAUACUCCUUCUACUGCCUCAACGCGACCUGAACAAAAUCAACAGGAGCGAGAGCAAGAACAGGAACAAGGGCAGGAACAACAGCCCCAAGACGACCAACAACAAGACCAGCUAUUGGAUCAAGCUCCCGCGCCUCAACAACCAGCGCCAGACACUGCGGCGCCGGAUCCCUUCGCGCCUAAAUACGUCCCCUAUAUCGAGGCAACUCCACUCAAGAACAACAUGCUCGCCGGGACAGCAGGAAGAUAUGGGCGGGUGAACCCUGAUAUCAUGGGUGGCUUCGGUGAUGACGAUGACUCCAUCUGGCUUGUGGAUGACGAGGAGUCGGACGAGGAGCAGCGCCGAGAGCAGCGCAACAGUCAAGCCCGAUCUUCUAAUUCUCUACGCACCCCUUCACGGCCAGUCUCGCGACGUUCUAAUGCUUCUUCUUCGCGUACACCAGCAACAACACAAACCCUGGACUCGGGUCCUGCCCCUCCGGGUUCUUCUUUUAGACCGGGUUUCCGCUAUCAUGUGCCCUCUCUACUCGACGACGACGAGUUCACCUCGGGCACUCUCUCAAGUACUGCCGCAACACCUGAAACACUGCCUACUCAGGAAACCUCCCCUGCGCCAAGACGGGGCUACGGUCCUGUGGCAGCAUCAAUCCUUAACCUCACUGAUCUCGGUGUCGACGCCGACGACAUCCAUGAGCCUCCAUCAAAGAGACGAAACAUCACACCCCUCCCUGCUCGACCUGCGGCUGCGGCUGCGUCUUCCUCUUCUUCUUCUUUAGUUAAUCCGUACGUUGCCCGGUUUCAGCAGCCGGAUGAUGCCAAGGCAACGGCAUCUCUCCGCCAGCUGGAUCAGUCUGCGGAUGACGUCGCUGAUGAUUUCAGCUUUGGCCAGCGAUAUCAGAAAGCCCCCGACUCACCUGAUGUGAUUGUCACCCACCAGCGGAUACCAGCAGAGGCGAGCACCCGUGAAGUAGAGUGCGUGCUGUCCAUUGAGUCGGAUCUGAGUAGCAAGCUCUGGACCGAGAUCAGGUGUCCUGAAUGCCGUGAACUACUAGAAUAUGCCGACAUACAGAGAUAUGCCAAUAACCAGACGUUUACGAGAUAUGAGACCCUGGCUCUUCGGGCUGCCAUGUCGGAAGCUGAAAACUUUAUAUGGUGCACUUCUGGCUGUGGCUCCGGUCAGAUCCACGACUCGGGCUCUGAGCAGCCAAUUGUUACUUGUCUUCACUGUGGCCAUCGCUCAUGUUUCCAUCACAAUGUUGCGUGGCACCAGACUUUGAGUUGCGACGAAUAUGACCAACUCCUCGCCGACCCUGAAAACUUUCGCUCUAACCUCGAGAUCGAGAACGAGAAAUGGUCGGAGGCCCAGCGAGCUCAGUUGGAAGCUGAUAGAGCUAUGGCACAGGGGCUACUGGCUGAGGAUCAAGCUGAGCGAAGGCGCCAGGAAGAGAGAGAACGACAGGAGAGGGAGCAAGCUCAAAAGGCAGCCAAGCUAGCACGCCAGAUUGCCGCUAGAAGGAAGCGGGAGGAGGAACAGAGCCGGGCUACCGUGAGCCAAACGACGAAGCCUUGCCCCGGGUGCGGGUGGGCUAUCGAGAAGAACAGAGGCUGUUCGCAUAUGACUUGCAUCAAGUGUAAACACGAAUUCUGCUUCGAGUGCGGCGCGAACCAUCGCGAGAUUAUGAAGAAUGACAAUAGCGUCCACAAGCGCACAUGUCGCUACCAUCCAGAUAACCUUGAGGACUAUGAA